CAUCAAAAUUCAUAACCCGUGGAUUCUAGAGAGCACUGUUUCUCAGUUUUCCGUGUGUCCGAGAGAAACGAAGAUACAUAAUAUACAGAGAGAAGAAGAAGGUCCAAGAAAAAUGAAAAAAGUUGGUACAGUUCGAAGAUGGAAGAAGUUGUAGAUACUGACAAAGUGAGCUAUUCCUCAUCCCUUCCUCCUUCCCUGACUUGUGGUUCUCCUUUUCCUCUUGCCGUUUCACUUUCCGGCCGGCCAAUAGAAAGAUGAGGUUCUCGCGGAAUUUGCGGAACUUGAUUUCCUGCUGUGGCCCAUUUGCACGUCCGGCGGUGGCAACGACUCCACCGCGCGAAGAGACCCGCUCUCUGGUGCAGCAAUCCCGAUCAUCGGUUACAACAGUGACCGAGCGUUUCCCUUGCACAAAACGCACCAACUCGAUCUCGACAACUCAGUGGCGCCCUUCGCUUUGUGCAAUUUCCGAGGACAACGUCAUCGCCGCCGUGGUCACUAAGGCAGAACAAAAGGUCAAAUCCGGCAAGAAAGCGGCGAGGAAGGCUGGAUCCAGGGUCAAGGCCCGCGUCCGUAGCUACAGUGACGAAUAUCGGCGAUCUCCGAUGCCGACGGUCAUUCCAGCAUUCUCUCCGACGGCAUUCUUAUUUUGAAGGGGUGGUAUCUCGCUGGACUACCCAUCCAACCGCUUUCUUUGAUGAAUGUAUGCGUUCAUAAUUUCAGUAUUUCACACACAAAUGUUGUAAAGCCUGUGAUAGUGUCAUUGAUCAUGUUGUCAUAGUAAGGAAACCUAUUUCACUA